UUGAACACCACAAUAGCACGAUCGAGCUGCCAACUUAGCUAAGAGUUACUUCAUCACAACCCACAAUGCAAGGCCUCGCAGCAUCUUCCAAGCUGUCUCUGAGCGUAGUGGUCGUGCUGUUUCUUCUCGGCUUGGCUAGCGCCGCCGCCCAUGGCAGGAAAAGGAUCGUGUCAAGCAGCUCCGACGAGCCGUGCACAAAGAUGACGCUCUACUUGCACGACAUCCUCUACGACGUCGUCAACAACACGGCAAACGCGACAUCCGCGGAGGCGACCAAACCGACGGCGCUGAGCAAGAGUACCUUCUUCGGCGAGCUGGUGGUGUUCGACGAUCCCGUGACAGAAAGAAACGCGCUACCCGUUGGGAAGGAGGUGCCGGCGGCGCGAGGGCAGGGGUUCUACUUCUACGACAAGAAAGAGUCAUUCAACGCAUGGUUCGGCUUGUCCCUCGUGUUCAACUCCACGACGCAUAGGGGCAUAAUCAACCUCAUGGGCGCCGACAUAAUGAGCCAGAAAACGCGGGACAUCUCCGUGGUCGGCGGCACCGGCGACUUCUUCAUGACACGGGGCAUCGCCACCCUCCAGCUCGACGCAAACGAGGGAACAGCCUACUUCCGCCUCAAGAUGGACAUCAAGCUCUAUGAGUGCUAUGUCUGAUGCCGGUAAGAAAGUUAUCGAAUGUGUGCGAACGUGUGCCAAUAAGGAGAGUGAUAUGUUGCUGAUGUUUGUUUUAAUGUUGAGCAUGGUGUGGGGAGUUGCAUUGCAUGCAUGGGACUAUGUAUUGUGUGUCAUUGAUGUAUACGCCAUAACAGUUUGACUUGUACUGUGUGUUUAUUUCUAUUUUUAUAAAGACAUGUUCUGCAGUA